UUUAAUAUCAUUCAUCACUGCGUAUAAAUGAAAUGAAGGAUUAACAUACACCAUCAUAAAGAUGGUGUCUCUUCAGCCAUACAAUUUGCACUGCAAAAAUAUCAUUCAAGCCUACCUCGCAUGUAACAACUGAGAUAGUACUUUGAAACAAAGAAACAAUUGCUCGGGUAGAUAACCCAGGCUUUCAAAGUGAUGUAAUUAAAUAAAUGAUCAAAUACUGUAACAAAUUAUUUUUUCAUUUAAUUUGUUGAAAUAUUCUGCAAGUAUAUUAGGUAGUUUUAUAAAGUUCUCUAUUGCUAUCCAAGGUGCCUGUUGUAUUGUCUCUCAAGAAUCCCCAUUAAGAAAUUAGAUUUUUGUUUUCCACGAUGUUUGUUCUUUACUUUAACAAUAUUGUUAUAUGUGAAUCAUGUUUUCAGUUCAUAUGGUUAUCAUGCUGACAUUUUUUCCCUAACUAUGCCAACUGCAUUUAAUGGAAAGAUCUGUCAUGUGCUUAAAUUGAAUGAAGUGUUUUCCGUUUUGUUCCAAUAAAACAUUUUUGUGCUAUUUGACUGACUAGGUACUAGUAAAAACCGAUAAGAAUGAUUAUUAUUUUCCAGGGUUACACACCACUGCAUAUAGCAGCUCUCCAUUCACAUGUUGACAUUAUGGAUCUUUUAAUUCGUAACUAUGGUGCAAAAACAAAUGUAAGAGAUUAUAGUGGACGGUUUGCAUCUCACUAUCUGAAGGACAAUGAUGACUCUGCUGACUGCGCAAAUGUCUCUUCACAACUCCAACAGUCCCGGGGCGAACGACGGAAUCGAAAACUUGCUGGUCUGUUCCUGCCAAAGAGCUAUGGAAGCAGCAGAAAACAUUGGGGUUCGGUGGAGAACCUGACAAUGGAAGACAAAGAUGGCUCCAUAUUUCUGUCUGUACCUACGUCGUACAAAGCUGUGCGCAAGUUUUCCAGAUAAGGUCCUUCAGAAAAUGUGGCUCAAAUGAGCCAGUGGAUCUGAUAUAUUUUUAUAAACUGCAUAUAUAUUGGCUUAUUAAAUGAAAUAUUAAAUCGUAAAAGCUGACAUUCAUCAGCAAAUGUGUUUUAGGACACAUUUUUUCAGAAUGUAAUAAAGUUGACACACAGUGCAGAGGAAUCUUCUCUAUUAAAGCUUUUAAUGUGUUAUGCAUGUCAUAUUAACUAGUUUAAUGAAUGAAAAGUUAGCUGCAUAUAUUUGAGAUUUUUGUUCCUUGUGCCUCCCAUCACAAGCUCAGGAAUGAGAAAUCUCAUGCAUAGGCUAAUCAUGAAGGAUCAUGAUUAAUGAAAUUAAUAGGGGAGAGAAGUGGCAGGGGUGCUGAGGAGGUAACUCUUGCUUUGGUUGCAGGUUUCCCUUUCUGUGGUGCUAAGAUUUACUUUGAACCUUUCUUAUUCGCGCCGAGAUAUUGGGUAAGAGCUCAAUAAUCCUGCAGGUCUAUUUUGGUACCUGCAAGAAUAUUUUCAAAAUUAUUUUUCUGAAACUUUUACAUUUGUUGAAGUUGUGAGAAAUUGCUUCAGUGAGUGAUGUAGCAUUUGCCAUAAGAGGGUGCUGAUCCAUUUCUGGAUCUUUAUCCUUAUCAGAGUUUUUUGAACUGGUUGCGGGGUGGGGGGAGUGGAGGUGAAUGGUGGAAGGGGAAUAAGCCAGCUUUUUUUAUUCCGGUAUCAGGUAAUAAAACAGAGCAAUUUCCUAGCAGACGUAAGCUACCAAAUCAAGGUGACAUCUUAAUUUAAAGACAUGCUGCCCUGCAGGUUGCAGCCCUGCAGUGACCAGUAGUGAGCUAGGAUUAGCCAGAUUGGAACUGUCUUGCCCAAUUAAAAUAAACAAAAAAAAAGUGAAAGUCAAAUUGAGAAUAUAAAAGUAUUAAAUUGAGAAUAUAAAAGUGUAGUAUGUGUAUCAUCAAUGGAAGUCCUGAUCUAACAGCAUCUUGAAAAGUAUAGUUUAUAAUAUUGCUAGUUUGAACUUAACAUCUCUGCUGUUCCUGUUAAAUACUGCUGUAGUAGUUGUAACAAAGUCAACCGGGCGGACGACAUAGAAUGAGUUAAAAACUGGAUUCUGUAAAUCAAAAACUAAAACAGAAGUUGCUGGAAAAGCUCAGCAGGUCUAGCAGUAUCAGUGAAAAGAAAUCAAAGUUUUUGUUUUGGGUCCGGUGGCCAUUCCUCAGAACAGAAUCAGUUCCCUGAUUUGGGGCUAUUAAUCUGGUCCAAUCUAGGGGCCCUGGCUGAGACACAAUCAGGUGUCAGAUGUUUUGUUCACCGAGCGCUGGCUCUGAGGAAGCUGGAUCAGUGUCAAGGACUCUUCACGUGUAAAUAAAAGAUGAUUCGGGUCAGGAUACUGGCUUCAGUGGUAACGAGAGAAAAGCGCACUCCUGAAGAAAUUCAGUCAUGACAGUUGUCAUUAAGUUGGGGUAAGCAUUUCUGGCAUCAUGCCGUUAUCUGGGAAGCUUGACCCAUUUGAUCCUGUCAUCAAAGACUGGGCUCAGUAUGUGGAAAGAAUGUGUUAUUUUUUCUAGGCAAAUGACAUUGGGGCAGAUGAAAAGCAACAUGUAAUUCUCCUGACAACUUGUGGACCCACAGAUUUUUCAAUUAUUAAAACUCGAUACAAAAACCUUUCAAGAAUUGAUUGAUUUAGUUCAGGAAUAAGACAACGCUAAAGCUCGUCUAAUUCUGAGAUGCUAUCAGUUUUACUUGGCAACUCAAGAACCAGGGGAAUCCAGAUCAGGAAUUUUGACGAGGUUAAAAUGAUUGGCAGAGGCAUAUGACUUUGGUUUAACCCUUAAUGAGAUGCUGAGGGGUGUUUGGUACAUGGAAUUCCUGAUGAAGGGUUUAUGUCUGAAAUGUCAAUUCUCCUGCACCUCUGAUGCUGCCUGAACUGCUGUGCUUCUCCAAUACCACACUCUUCGACUCUGAUCUCCAGUAUCUGCAGUCUUCACUUUCUCCAUGUAGAAUUCAUGAUGUAACUAUGCAAAAGAGUCAAUUAGCUAAAGCUCAACUGGACAUCAAACGGACACUACAACUGAAAACAGACAUUGAAAAAUGCAGCAAGUGGAGCAUACAAGUUGCAGGGUAUUCUGAUGGAAAUGGACACCCUCACCAGUCUUGACUGAGCUUGGGGAACACCACUUGAGUGAAGGCAAUUUGUAUAGCCUCACUCAGGACAUAUCCUGAACAGAGGGACUCUAGGUCAGCCCACAGCAAAACCCAAAACGAAACCAAGCCUCAGCGAAACAGUUAACAUUUUCUUCAGGAUCCAGGUUGGCAAACCAAUGUAGUUGCUGCCAGAAUGCACACUCAAGACAGCAAAAGAAUCCCACUAGACCGAAAUGGAAUAAUACAAUCCAUAGGCCAGUAUUCAGGAGAGUGCACACCCUGAAAAGUCCAUCUGUGUCUGGUUUGGAAGAGUUAAAUUGCUCAGCAAUAUCAAGUCAAUAUAAACAUCUGGUUAAAUGGUCACCCUGUUCUAACAGAGAUCAAUAGCAGCGUGGCUGUUUCAGUGGUCGCAGAAUCAGCCUUAAAAUUUGUUCUGGACUCCAACCUUUAAGUUUGCACAGGACCUCAACUAGAAUAAGAACCUAUACCAGGGAACCUUUACAGAUUAAGGUUAUGACUUCAGUUCUGAUCUCUUAUAAGAAGCAGCUGUUUCAGUUACCACUGAUUUAAUGAGGUGAAGUUGGUUGAGAAAGAUUCACCCAGAUUGGCUCAACAUGUUUUGAUUAGAAAAUGGCUGCUGGAGUGAAAUCCUAAUUAAAUUAUCAGAAGUUUUUCAGGAGGUUCAAGGAACUAUCAAAGGAGCCAAGGCCACCUUGCAUGUUCACAAGGAAGCAAUUCCACGAUUCUGCAAGGUGCACUCAGUGGCAUUUUUCCUAUGGACAAAAGUAGAGGCUGAAAUCAGAAGGCUGGAAAGCAAAGGAAUCCUGACCAGUCCAGUUUGCAUAAUGGGCAGCAACGGUCAUACCAUUUGUGAAGCCUAAUGGAUUGGUUUGCUUUUGUGGAAAUUUUAAAGAAACUGUGUGAACCAUUUCUCGCAGCUGGAUAAAUACUCAAUCCCUCGAAUAGAAAAUUUAUAUGCAAAGCUUGUAGUGGGCCUGUGCUUCACGAAGCUAGACAGGAGUCAUGCGUACUUGCAAUUACAGUUCCAAGAGAAUUCCCAGGAGUAUGCUACAAUUAAAUCCAAUAAGGAUUUGUACCAACGUAGACAACUGCCAUUUGGGGUAUCGUUAGCCUGUGCAAUUUUUCAGCAGACAAUGGAAAAUAUUUCACAAAGUCUACCCCAGGUUGCCAUUUAUCCAAAUGACAUGCUAAUAGCCGGGAUGACUAAUAAAGAGCAUUUUAGCUUUAUCUAAAAUUAUUAUUUUUCAGCAUGCAGAUCUUGUAAUGACUUUUGCUUAGUAGGAGGAGAGAACUUGGGGAUAAUCCUCAGACGUUCCUCCCAGGUGAACAUGCGCCUUUGGAAAACUUUGUGUUCUGUGCAUCCUAAGAGAACUGUUAGGCUACAGAAUUGUCAAGACUGGGUCAUACCUAUUGGAGAGAAAAUGAGGUCUGCAGAUGCUGGAGAUCAGAGAUGGAAAUGUGUUGCUGGAGAAGCGC